AUGCACAUUAUGUUGAGCAGGGGUCUCAGAGCUGUCCCUAUUGUGUCUCACCGUAGAGCAGGGGUCUCAGAGCUGUCCCUCUUGUGUCUCACCGUAGAGCAGGGGUCUCAGAGCGGUCGCUCUGUGUCUCACCGUAGAGCAGGGGUCUCAGAGCGGUCCCUCUUGUGUCUCACCGUAGAGCAGGGGUCUCAGAGCGGUCGCUCUGUGUCUCACCGUAGAGCAGGGGUCUCAGAGCGGUCCCUCUUGUGUCUCACCGUAGAGCAGGGGUCUCAGAGCUGUCGCUCUGUGUCUCACCGUAGAGCAGGCGUCUCAGAGCGGUCCCUCUUGUGUCUCACCGUAGAGCAGGGGUCUCAGAGCUGUCGCUCUGUGUCUCACCGUAGAGCAGGCGUCUCAGAGCGGUCCCUCUUGUGUCUCACCGUAGAGCAGGGGUCUCAGAGCUGUCGCUCUGUGUCUCACCGUAGAGCAGGCGUCUCAGAGCGGUCCCUCUUGUGUCUCACCGUAGAGCAGGGGUCUCAGAGCGGUCGCUCUGUGUCUCACCGUAGAGCAGGGGUCUCAGAGCGGUCCCUCUUGUGUCUCACCGUAGAGCAGGGGUCUCAGAGCUGUCGCUCUGUGUCUCACCGUAGAGCAGGGGUCUCAGAGCUGUCGCUCUGUGUCUCACCGUAG